CGGACGUCGCUCGCUAUGACAUGGAGACGCUGCUGUUCUCGUCCUCCGGCUGGCUGCGCACCGCCUGCAUCGUCCUCGCGCUGUUCUGGGUCGCCUUCCGCGCCUACCAGGUCCUCUCGCAGCCCGUCGAGAAGCUGGUGCAGGUGCUCGGCCUCGAAGUCCCCGUGGCGCCCCUGGUCUCGCUCGCGGGCAUCAAAGCAGACGGUGUGCUGCUGCACUGGAAGUCCCCCGAGCGCGCCUCCGUGCUCAAGUACGUGAUCCGCAUCAACGGCAUAGACGUCGGAGAGGUCGCGUCCCACGAGACGUCGGUCACCAUCGAGAACCUGCAGCCCGACCACCACUACACCAUCCGCGUCGUCACCUUCAACUCGUCCAACUUCCAGGCCCCCAGCGUCCCCAUCCGUCUGCGCACCCUCCUCGCCGCCUCGGACCAGUACUACUCCUCGUCACCGCCCAGCACCCAUGGCCCCGCAAACGACGACGAAUCCAGGCCUGCGCCUACCAUCCGCCCCAACAAGAGCCUCGCCGAUGUCGCCACGCCCUUCGUCGCCCCGCUCAUGGCGCGCGAGCACAGCAACAGCACUGCACGAGCCAGGCGCGCAGACGCUGGCCGCAGCGCCUCACUCGCCUCGCAGUCUGCAGACGAUGCGCGGGAAGCAGCAGCAGCAGCAGCAGCAGAUCCCAACGACUCUAUCCGCGCCCUGACGGAGAAACUGGACGCCCUCCGACGCGAGCUUGAUGACAUGGAGAGGCAGAUCCAGGAUGAAGACCAGGAUUUCGUCACCCAGAGGGUCGUCUUGAUCGACAGGCGCGACGAGAAGAAGGCUGCGCUGAAAGAGAAGGAAGACGCCAGUCGCGACUUGCGCAAAGAAGUGGCCACGCUGGAACGGCAAAGCGCCGCCGCGCAGACGCGGCGAACGCAGCAAGAGAGGGUCUUUCGUCAGAAAGAGGCCGAGAGGAAGAAGAUGAAGGACGACGUCGCCAAGUGGACACGCGAAUCUGUCGAGCUCCGUGCGACUGCGGAGAACAUCAAGAAGGAGCAGGAAGAGUACAGGCAGGCCUCGCAAAAGCGCAUCCAGCAGGUCAAGGACAAGUACGAGGAGGAGAUUCAGGCUAACAAGGUCCUGGAAGAUGCUAUCCGCGAGAAGGGAAUCCAGAUCAAGGCGCUCGAAGAGGAGAGGAAGGAGCUCGAAGACGGCCAGGAAGGCGGAGAAGCUCCAGAUGGCACCGACAACGCUGAGCGCGAGGAGGACAACCGCUGGAAGAUGACGCUGGGUCUCUUGCAGCAGCAGUACGCCCAGGCGUGGCAGCUCUUCACCGAAGCCGAUAGGGCGAACCAGGAAGUCUCGAGCAGACUGCAGUACCUGCAACAGCGCCGCAUGAGCCAGCCGCAGCUCUACGACGAUCCAAGCGUACCGCGAGUCGGCCCGGUCAGGAGGAACAGCCAGCGCCAGCGCCCUCUGAGCAUGCGUGAGGGACUGCUCAACGGACCGCCUGGUGGCUUCGUGCAGACCUCGUCCGCCCCCUUCAACAGCAUGACGGUCACCUCAUCCCCGCCAUUCGCUUCUGUAACUCCAUACUUUAACCCAGUCAACGGCAUGGCGCUGCCUCCCCGUGGACACGGACACACCCCGUCCAUCUCGCAAACCUCUCAGGCCGACCUUGAGUCCUUGACUGGCGGUGCGCCUAUGAGCCCCACUGCUGGUGCUCUGCUCCCCGCUGGUCUUUUCGGCGAUGAUCUGGGCCUCACAGACAAUGAAGAUGACGACCUCAUCGGCCCGCCUCGCUUGUCCUCUCUCGAACCGUCACCGAACAUGCGCAACGUCCUCCCUGGCCUCGGAGCGCUCGGACACGUCGACCCGCCCAAGGCUCCCAAUACGCCCGUCUCGCCACCAGAGAGCCGGUCUCCCAGUGUCUUCGCAAGCCCACGAGAAAGCGGUCAACUCCAGUUCUUCCCGAACCCUGAGAACAUCGACCCCGACAGACGUUCGAUUCAGUCCUCUUCUAGCUCUUUCGUCAACUCUCAGAGCAGAUUUGGCGGAUUGUUCGGACUCAACAGGCAGCGUGGUAAGACAAUCUCCGGCCAGGGACCUGCACUCGGUUCUCUGAAGCCUUCCCAAAGCCAAUCUCUUCCUCGACAAGAGUUUGGUUUCGAUCCCGCGGGCACCUCGCGACGUCGCGGCAGUACUGAGGGUGCUUGGUACGACUCGUUCAUGCGAACAAAGACUCAGCCUGUAGAAUCGUCCAGCAGUCCAAAGCAUGUGGCUACGCGCAAGCGUACCUUCAACAUGUUUGGCGCGAAGAACGAUCCUUGGCUGACAUCUGUACUAGGAAUGGAGAGGCCGUCGUCCCCACGCCAAGGCUCAACCAAGUCCGGCGAAGGCAUGGCUCUGCCUCGUCCCUCUACUGAAAGCCAGACAAGGUUCGGUUGGGGUGUAGAUGCGUUCGGUGCUAGAAGCAGCCCACUUGGAGUAGACUGGAGCGUCAACAACACCAACACUUCCUCGUGGUCGAGGAUGCCAUCACGUCGACCCUCGAUACAGCAUGGCUCGACUACGAACUUGUCUAUCAACGACGACUCGAUGCAUGACGACAUACUAGAUUUUCCUUCCAACCUUCGUUCGCCUAUGCAAGCACCGAUCGGCACUCGGCCUCAGUCUUCUGCAUCGCACAUGCCUCCACGAGACUUUCCGCCGAUCCCAGGUACACCGCCUACUGGGCUGAACCCUGCCGCAGCCACCUUCACCAUGUUCUCUCUGGGUAAGAAGUCAGAGGAAGACAAGGCCGAGAAGGCGAAGCGAGCGGCAGAGAAGGCGGCAGAGAAGGCGGCUGAGAAGGAAGCUAAGAAAGCGGAGAAAGCCGAAAAGAAGGAGAAGACAAAGGCCGAGAAAGCGGAAAAGUCCAAAGGCAAGGACAAGGAGAGGCAGCUUGCUUUCGAAGCAUCCGCGGACGGCAGCCAUCCCACCUCUCCACACGAGAUCUUUUCACGCCCAUCGCGCGACACGCCGUCCAUCAUCUCCACCGCUGACGCUUCUGAAGCCUCGCCUCGUGAAUCGCUCGAGCGCAGCAUCUCCCAAGCGACCUCUGACCAGACUGGUUCUAUUGGCAAAGAGUCCUUCAUGCAGAAGUUCACCCGCAAAGGCAGCACUAGCCAGUUCCUCUCCUUCGGCAAGAAGAACCCACUGUUUGCUAAGAAAGGCGACAUGCCCAGCACCCCAGACGAAGCAGAGGAGGAUUCGAGCGGCUUCUUUGGCCUGAGAAAGAGCACCGAGAGCAUCAGCAACCACAACUCUCCCAGCAUCGGUACGCCCAAAGACAAGAGUAGCUCGCUCAGCUGGGGCUCGAUCAAGCGCAUGGGGAGAAAGGACAAGACGCCAAGUCUACAUGAGAGCAUCGCUAGCGAAGCAACUGGGGAUGAGGAUCACUUGCACGAUGACGGUGCUGCGGAAGGUCUGGGUGUGAAGGCAUAGGACGGUCUAAUAAUCAUUUUCACUUGGCACGAAAAAGCGUUCACCUUGAAUCAAACCACUGUUC